AUGGUUAAAUAUGCCAAAAAAUUAAGAGACCACGGAAAAUAUUUGAGAGUUCAUUUUAAAAAUACAUAUGAAGCAGCAAGAGCUAUAAGAAGGAUGAAGUUAUUAGAAGCAAAAAAAUAUUUAAAUGAUGUUAUUGAGAAAAAAAGAUGUGUUCCCUUCCGCAAAUAUAAUGGAGGAGUCGGUAGAACAAAUCAAGCAAAAGAAUUCAACCACACUCAAGGUAGAUGGCCAGUUAAGUCUUGUAAAUUUCUUUUAAAUGUUCUGGAUAACGUACAAGCAAAUGCUGAGGCAAGAAACUUGGAAAUAGGAAAAUUAAGACUAAUUCAUGUAAUGGUUAAUAAAGCUCGUCCAGGAAGAAGAAGAACUUAUAAAGCUCACGGAAGAAUUAAUCCAUAUAUGUCAUCACCAUGUCAUAUUCAAGUAAUAGCAAGAGAAAUUGCAAAGCCUGCUAAAAAAUCACUUUUAUCAAAUUCAGAAAAGCAGAAAAAAUUACCUUUUAAGGUUACAUUAAAGAAAUUAUUAAAAUUAAAUUUAUCAAAUCAAAGAAAAAAUAAAAAUAUCAAAAAAACAGAAGCAAAAUAA